GAGGCCCAUUCUUUUCAUUUUUCUUUUUGAGAAAGAAGGCAAUACCGAAGUCAUAUAAACAAACGAACCCAAGCCCACAUAAUAUUUUGUUAGCCCAGCGGCGAUUAAAGCUGCAAAGGUGAAAGCUUCCAACUUCAAAGCUAAAGCUCCCUCUUUGAAUGAAGAAGACAAGGGUUCUGCUAAAACCCUUUCUCCGUAGCAGUUGCAGUAGCAAAGUUAGGAUCUUCUCCUCCCUCAGGAGCCCUAACCCUGAUUCGAAUUCCGAGGUGACGAUGGACCCUUCGGAGCGUUACUGUUAUGAUCCGGUGCUGCGUUGGAACCCUCAGGUCGAAGAGUACUUCGCCAAAGCAUAUGGAAGUGACCACUUUGCUCGCAUUUCAAAGGCUCUCUCGUGUCCAUCCCGCUACUCCUGCAUUCGUGUGAACACACUUAGAACGACAAGUGACGCAGUUAUUGAGAAGCUUAGCAAAAUCUUGGAUGAAUCCGAGGAAGGCAAAAGAUUGGCAAAAGCUGAUGGAAGUAGUGCCAUCUCCAAGUGUCAGAUUCCUGGAUUGGAAUAUGUUGUUUUUGUCAAGGGGUCAGGCCCUCAUCUAAUUGAUUAUGGCUGUGAUAUUGGAAAACCUCCAAAGGAGGUAAUAGUGAGCAGGAAGUGCGCUGAAGCAGUUCUUAGAGGUGCUCAGGUGUAUGUUCCAGGUGUAAUGGCCUGCAGCGCCCAUGUAGAGAAAGGAGAUGCAGUUGCCGUUUCUGUUGCUAUUGAACAACCGUGUGAUAAUGGUGGAUGGAGCAUUAAUAUGACUCGAGGGACAACUCUUCAGGGUCUGCAGACAGAUCCUUACUAUUGUGAACGCAAUGGACUCUAUAUUGGCCAAGGAACAGCUAUGUUGUCAAGGGCCGGGAUAUUUCGGGUCUUGGAAGGAAUUGCAGUAGAUAUGAACAACAGGGUGUUCAGAUUGCCUUCCCUUUAUAAUGUCCUCGAGGGGGAGGUGUUUCUUCAAAACCUGCCAAGCAUUGUUGCUGCUCAUGCCCUUGAUCCCCAAAGAGGGGAGAGAAUAUUAGAUAUGUGUGCAGCACCUGGAGGAAAAACUACAGCAAUUGCUGUACUUAUGAAGGAUGAUGGGGAGAUAGUAGCAGCAGAUAGAUCUCAUAACAAGGUGCUGGACAUCCAGAAACUGUCUGCCGAGCUGGGUCUAAGCUGCAUUACUACCUUUAAACUGGAUGCUCUAAAGUCUGUUCGCCGUUCUAACAAACUUGACGAUACAACAACAGCAAAUAGUGGGAACCACGGUGGCUCCAUGACCCCUCAAAGUUCUGAAUUACUGGGAUCAUCAAAUGGAACAAUGCCAUCUGAUGCUUCUAUAGGAUCUGAAGCUGACAAAUCAUUGGAGGAAAAUGUCAGAAAUGAAAAGCCAAACAAAGGACCUUAUGUUAGCAAGGCUGACAUCAGGAAGGAGAUGCGAAGGAUGAAAAAUGGACCAGGAAGGAACCAAAGCCAGGGUGGAAGAGUUGGAAAAUCUGAAGGUUUCUCUCCUAAUAGCUUUGAUAGGGUUCUUUUAGAUGCACCUUGCUCUGCUCUUGGCCUGAGACCUCGUCUUUUUGCUGGCGAGGAGACUGUUGAAUCUUUAAGGAACCAUGGAAAGUACCAGAGGAAAAUGUUUGACCAGGCUGUUCAACUAGUUCGCCCUGGUGGAAUUCUCGUAUACUCAACAUGCACUAUUAACCCGAGCGAGAAUGAGGCAGUGGUUCGCUAUGCUUUGGAUACAUAUAAAUUUCUUUCCUUGGCACCACAGCAUCCGAGGAUUGGAGGACCUGGUCUUGUUGGUCGGUGUGAAUUCUCUGAUGGAUAUGUCGAGGAAUGGUUAAGGCCCGGGGAAGAAGAACUAGUUCAGAAAUUCGACCCCUCUGCUGAACUAGAUACCAUCGGCUUCUUUAUAGCUAAGUUCAGCGUCGGCUCAAAGGAUUAGGGUUCCAAUGAUGAUUGUAUGCAUCUUCCAGUCCUUGGGAGGAUUGAUUUGAGUACACUGAACAGAAGUGAUUGGUUACAUGGCCAUGGAUAUGAUGGAGUUUCAGGAAACCGCAGUGGCAGACAGGUUGGAGAUUCAUCAAGCUCAUGUUGUAAUGCAACAAGCUUUUUAAAUGCUUGUUGUUUUUAGAUUAAGAUGGUAUUUCUAUUUCAGAAAAAAAAAUCUUUAUUUGUAGAGGAUAAAGCCAACAAGGAAAGAAAGAAACUCACAGAAACAUUACAAGUACA